UGAACAUUCCCCAUUCAAAGUCAAACCCCUCUCCCAAUGUAAAAAUGCACCUCCCCUACUUGUGGCGACACCAUGUAAAAGGCACUCUGCAGCUUUUGAUCCACCUACUUGAAUUAUUUUCUUCCUUUACUUUAGACUUUUAGAAGAUUCUUGCCUUUGUACCAAUAAGCUGUGAAACUAAUAUCCAUGUCCUUCUUGUUCUUGGUUUGUAGAUUUUGCGAAAUAUGCUGUACAGAGGUUCUGAGGUAGGAAGUAGCACCGUGUGGAAAAAUUAGUAUAAUUAUGUAGAAAAAGUUUCCUUUUUAAGAAAGCAGCAUAAUUGGGUGGUUUGAAUGGACUGGUUAUCUAGAGUUCUAGCUACACUAAUUGCUAAUCACCUAACUACAGUACCAGCAGAAGUUUUUGUUAACUUUGUUUUUUUUGUGUCCUUUUCAUUUACAUGUAGCUGAUGAGAGAAGUGGCUUGGGUUGUUUUCGAUGAAAUUCACUACAUGAGAGAUAAAGGUAAUUCUUCAAAGCAAUGCCAUACAUAUGAUAUUAAGUAGCUUUGCUACAGUUUAGAUACAUUGUAUCCUGUUAUGGUUCAAUUAUUACUACCAUUUAAGUCAUCACUAGGGAGCUUAAGCAAUGAUGAUAGUGAUGGUGACUGCAAUGAAAAAAACAAAAAAGCAAUGGAUUUCGAUUGGCAAAACAACAAACUCUGCACAUGUAUCACGCCCUUUUGUACAGUUCUUUGCCGUCGCUGCACAAUUACAUGUACAAUGAGAAAGUGCCUAAUUUCACAUUUUUGUCAAGGACGUGAACAGAAGAUGUAACAACUUUUUUUUCUAUUCCUGUAGUUUUACUAGUAAUAUUUUUGAGAACAAUACACUAUGUAUUUUCUUCAUAACCUAAAACAAAGAAAAACAAAAAUUAAAAUGGUUCAAAAACUUUUAGAUGGGCAUAAAAUUUAAGCCAAUGUAGGGAAUUUUGUUUUAAGUCACAUGGAUGUUAUUUGAUUUUUUUAUAGAGAGAGGUGUUGUUUGGGAGGAAACCAUCAUCCUGUUACCAGAUAAUGUACAUUAUGUCUUCUUGUCUGCAACAAUUCCAAAUGCAAGACAGUUUGCUGAAUGGAUUUCACAUUUACAUAAACAGGUCAGUAGUUUAAAUACACCUGUAGGGACACAAGAAAGGUAGUGCGAAAAAUUACAUGUACCUAAUAGGGUAAAUAAAAUUUUGUUUCUAGUUUCCCAGUAGUUAGUGGAAUUUUUAUAAAACCGUUGAUCACUCACGUGAGUCAAUCUGAUUAUUUCUGAUGGUCGCUAAUGAAAUCUCAGCCAAUUUUCAGCACUGCCAGUAAUGUACAUUGGGGUUUAUGUUACAGGUCAAAAUAAAAUUCAGGUUAAAAUUUUUUUACCAUUGUUGAUUCUUAAUUUCCUUGGUCUCUUAGCCCUAAUUCAUGAAUAAUUAGGGCUAUAUAACUAAUAUAUAACUCGAAGUUCCAACAGUGUCCACUAUAAAGGCAGCUGAAUGUAAUGGCACAGAAGAACUUGUCAUAAGUCUCUAUUAAGAAAUCAUUGUGUUUUUAAAUUGUCUUGCAGCCAUGCCAUGUGGUAUAUACAGAUUUUAGACCAACUCCGCUCCAGCAUUACAUUUAUCCUGCUGGUGGUGAAGGACUCUUUCUUGUUCAAGAUGAGAAAGUAGGUGACAAACAAAUAAAUGCAAAAAAGAUUAUUACAGUUAUGUAGACACAACUUAUGCAGUUGCAAAAAGAAAGCCUGCAAAAUUUUUGGGUUUGCUGGUAUUCAAACUCUGACCAGCAGUAAAAAACAGCAAGCUGCAAAAAUUACUUGGCCUAUGCGACAUGCACAUGUACUUUACCUGGCCUCCAUUAAGUGCAGGGCUGUCAUUAGGUUUUUCAGAGGCCAUAGCAAAUGAAGAUUCACCUGUAACAUCUUCCUAAACUUAUAGUGUCAUCUUAAUUAGCUUUCCACUUUUAUCACCUGUUAGAGUAACAUCAAGUGAGCUUAGCCGUAACAGGUGUUAUGGGUUACAGCCUUAAAUGACAGCCCUGAACGGUACCUUAAUGUUCAUUUUUGUAUUUAUUAAUAAUAAUAAUUAUUAUAUUGUAAUUAUAGCUAAUUGUUUUAUUUUUUAGGGAGAGUUUCGUGAAGAAAAUUUUCAGAAAGCCAUGGCCGUAAUAAGGGAAGGAGGCACUGAUCCAGGUUCACAAAGAGGUCGGAAAGGAGGAACUAAAGGUAUGCAGUUAUUAAUAUUACUAAUCCAGUUUAUGAUUUGGGCAUGAUUUGGGAAAAUUCUGGGCUUUGUCACUGUUGUACAUGUAGUUUUUGUCCCACGUUGGUGGUUCCAUCUCAGCACAACUGGCAAGGACAGGACUCUGUAAAGUGGCAAAGAGGCUGUUGGAGCUGAGAACUACAGUAGAGUGUAACCGUGACAACCCUGAGAGUUGCAUCCACUAAGGCAUUGCUGUGAAUUUGUUUCCUUUGCACCCUGCGUCCCUGACGCAUAAAAAUCUCCAAAGACACAAAGUCAUUCAUGGCAUGCGUCCCAUAGGCCGCAAAGAAUGAUGAAUCAAUUUAUAGAUUUUUUUGGUGGAAUAUCCUGUUCGUUUGAUUAAUUGUUUUUUUCAGUGAACUGUACUAAUAAAGAGUUUUUGCCUCUGUCUCCAGAUUUACUAUCAGUCUGGUUACAUAAAGGCCAAAGCAUUUUCAGUUUAGAACUCCUUAUUUUUUAACUGGGACCUAUUGGUUAUGGACAGGGACUCAUGAUUUUUUGCAAAAUGAGUCCCAGGACUCACCAUAACUAUUUGUAAUGGAAUCACUGCACUGUUGCCCUCCAAACCAGUGGAAACUUGACCUACUUACAUGUGUACUGUAUAUCUACCAAAGGGUUGGGAGGAAGCAAUCAUUAAGAAGCAUGAGGAAUGUAAAGUUAAAAUAAACCUCCAUUGACUAUUGUCGCCAUUUUGUCAGAAUGAGUCAAUUACCUUCCAGGAGUGUGAUGCCUGGCCUUAAUAGUAAGAGGAAUCAUAAAUUCCCAAUUCAAAGGCACAUGUGAAGCUGUUUAACCACCCCAGUUGAUCCCAAACAAAUAACUGCUGGCCUACAUUGUUUUGAGUUGAACUAACAGUGUGGCAUAUGGUAAAUUUCAUGUAGCCAUGUGAAGUCACCUGUUUCAUAACUGUUAAAUCUGGUUGCAGGUCCCUCAAACUGUUUCAGAAUCGUGAAAAUGAUUAUGGAGAGGAAUUUCCAGCCUGUCAUUAUAUUCAGCUUCAGCAAGAAAGAAUGCGAAGCCUAUGCUCUGCAGAUGUCAAAACUGGACUUUAAUUCAGGUCAGAAACCAAUAUCAAAGAUCAGCAUCUCAUUUCUCCUUUUAAUAUCACCAGUGAAUAUAAAAAAUGAAUAUUUAACAAUAAAUUAUUCCUUAAGCCUGAAUGGACUAUUGACUCAGAGGCCUUGAGGCAAGAGGAAUAAUUGUUAGUAAAAUCCAUCUAGUUGGUCAAAAAUACUGAGAGUAAAAAAAAAUUUAGCUGGUUAAAGCUAGACUGUAAUCCUUUUUUGCCGCCAAAAAGCCUGCGCUUUUUGCUACUAGGGGGCUAUAACAUAAUUUAUAGCCUAGUAGUAGCUCAACCAAUCAGAAUGCUGCAUUGAUAAUAGACCACUAGUUGGAUUUUAUUAAAAACUGAAUAUAGAAGUUGAGAGUCAGAAUGAAGGAAACCAUCAAGAAAGAAUAGAUGUAAAAAAUUUUAGUUACUUUGAUAAGCACCUGGGGCAGUGGUUUUGCUUUUGUGUAAAUUAAAUGGUUUGAGCCUAAAUUGUAGGGGUUGUUUUAUUAAUUUUUUGAAGUAAUAUUUAUUAUUGGCUCUCAGCCCUUAGCUUACGUGUUAAAUAAUUUAUUGGUAUUUUAUUUGUGGUGACUUCAAAUCUUAUUCUUUUUUCCUCAUUGUUGAUAUUUUAGCUCAAGAAAAGAAAUUAGUUGAGGAAGUAUUCAACAAUGCUAUUGAUUGUUUGUCAGAUGAAGAUAAAUCACUUCCUCAGGUUAGAAUUAUUGGAUUAUUUUCCAUAAUAUUAACUUAGCUGAAUGUUUCCACCAGCAUACAGGAAAGUCAUUAGAGAGCUGAAGAGGUCUAAUAAUUUAAGUGGUCUCGUUUUAGGAUUUCAUUCAGAUUAAAAGUUAGAACUUCCUUUAUUUGACAAAUUGGGGGAGGGUCUGGUGGGAUCUGCCCUCCCCCCUCCCCCCACAAAAAAGAGAAAGAACUCAUAGUUGGAGAAUUAAGCACAUGUAAUUGUUUAUUUUAGUAAGUGUUACAAAACUGAAACUGUUGUCACUGAAGAAUUGCAUAUACAAUGUUUUGUGGCUUACUGUGGAUUUAAGAUUUAAGAAGCAAACAAAGUAGAAUUUUACCAGAAACCACAUUCAUUUAUGUGUAAGUAAUGCAAUAUUCCAUUUUAUUAAUUUUAGGUGGAACAUGUCCUGCCACUGUUGAAACGUGGCAUUGGUAUCCAUCAUUCUGGGCUGCUGCCUAUUUUGAAAGAGACAAUUGAAAUUCUCUUUUCAGAAGGUUUAAUCAAGGUUGGUCAGAUUGAUUUGCAUUCUAUAUUAAUAUAGUGAUAACCUCUGACAAUGAUCCAUAACUAGCAUUCAGAGAGCUGAUGCUGGUCAGUUUCAUUGGUUAAAUAAAGAUAAACUGUUUUACAGUUCAAUUCAAUUUAGAUAAAUCUGAUUGGUUGAGAGCAACGUAAAAUUCCGAAAAUAAGCCCCAGGGCUUAUAUUUUUCAAAGGCCCUUUUUGAGGGGCUUAUUUUUGGAGGGGCUUAUCUAUGGAGGGAAAUAUGUGUCUCAAAAUCGAUUGGGCUAGCCUUAUAGUUGGAGGUAAAUUUACCGUUUUUGCUUUGUUUUACUUAGUAUUUGCGGGCAAUUUUCCAAGUACAAGCUCCAGGGGGGCUUAUAUUUGGAGGGACGAUUUAACGGAGGGUUUUUUGCGUUACCGGUUUGGGGGGCUUAUAUUUGGAGGGGCUUAUACAUGGAGGGGCUUAUUUUCGGAAUUUUACGGUAUGUUCAAUAAGAGUAUAGACCAUGAAAAUAUUACUUAAUUUGUUUUCUCUUCAUCAUGCGCACAAUUUUCUGAGAAACUUCACUGUAAAUGGAUGUCAUUAACUGACGUUAUUGUAGAAAACAAUUCAACGACAAUUUUGCAUGGUUUAACUCUUAUCGACCGUAGACAUGACAUCAAAUUGUUCAAAACUUUGCAGUGAAACCACUCGCCUGUGGUUCUUGGUUCCACUUGAGUUUUGAACAUGUUGACAUCACCUCUAUGGUCGAUAAGAGUACAGACCAUAGAAAAUUGUUGUUGAUUAGUUGUUUAGACACAAAUCCUUACUGUUCUACACCUUUCCAUUUCCAGACCAAGAAAAAAAAAACAUUUUCAGUUGUUGUUAAUCGAUGUACAAGUCAUGACAUGAUUAUUUCAGGUUUUUUAUUAACAAAAAUAUUAUUUGUUUUUUCUUCUUUCAGGCCUUGUUUGCUACAGAAACAUUCGCUCUGGGUCUUAACAUGCCUGCAAGGACUGUUGUGUUUACAAAUGCUCGGAAGUUUGAUGGAAAAGAUUUCAGAUUUGUUAGUACCAUCAAUUUAACAAUUUUGUAUGGUCAUUGUCAUUGUUUUUAUCAUAAUAAUUAAUAUCCAAAUUAAUGGUGGGUACUUGUAAGAGACUUUUUAUGUGCUGUAGUGCAGUUUCCAUUUUCAGUGAAGUCUUUAUAGUGACUUGUGGGAGUGUUUCCUAGUGGCUCUCUGCUCUCAACUUUGGGUUUAACAUGCCUACAAAGACCAGUUGUGUAAACAAUAAUUGCGCAGAAUUUUUUUGAGUGUCCCAUGACUGGGUGUGAUCAUUUUAUUGCAGUCUUUGGCUGUAGAGGUCUUGGCCUAAGGCCAACCCUGAAGUAUCCUGCCUCACACAAGAUUAAACCUCUCUCCCACAAGGUGGAUCUGGACUUUACAUGCUCUUUGCUCUUGCUCUUUACAUGUAGAUAACAUCUGGUGAAUACAUUCAGAUGAGUGGCAGAGCAGGAAGACGUGGUAUUGAUGACAGAGGGAUUGUUAUCCUUAUAGUGGAUGAGAAGAUGGGACCGGAUGUUGGAAAAGGACUCUUAAAGGUAUCAGAUGCAUACAGAAUGCUGGUUAGCAAAAUUAAUUUUGAGAUACUCAACAAGUCGUGGAGUGCACAUCUCACAUCAUGUGAGAAUUUGAAGUUGUUCUUUUUAACUUUUUUUAGGAUUUUGGUCAUCUUUUUAAUGCACACUACAAGAAUCAUGUGUCAAGUCUUGGGACUGAAUAGUAGUUUACGUUUUAGAGUUAUUGAAUGUACCAAUCAUGAAUACAGUCAACAGGCAAAGGUUAAAAUGAGUUGUUGCUUUUAAGCUUGAUCUGUAAUCCUCUAAAGCUAAUCAUCAUAGGUUUUCAGAGGCAAGGUUUAAGUUUCAGCAAAAAAAGAACUUCCUUUUAACUUUAAUAAGCACUUUUUUCCAUAUGUCUUAUGUAGACAUGAACAUCUUGAUAUGACUGAGCUAAUUUGUGUGGGAAAAAAGGUGAUGAUUCUGUGUAGCUGUUGUAGUGGUACAAAAUGUUCCCAGCAGACUGCUAUUUAGUAAAAUCUCUUGCAAUACUCUUGAAAUCUUUUAUCAGACAGUUGCAAAAAUAAAAUGAGAUUGUAAUAACCAUGUAAAAUUAAUAUUGUAGUUAAUUUUUUAUCUGAGGUAAUUUAUAUUUUUCCUUUGUUUCACCUUCAUCAGCAUACAUUACCAUACUCAAAAACAAAACAAAAACAAAAAUUACCUGAGACAAAAAAAUUAACUACAACAUAAAUACUGAAAUGGGAGAUGAAGGUUCUUUUAUUAAUCUUCUUUGUUCCCUGACCCAGGGCCAAGCAGAUCCUCUUAACAGUGCCUUCCAUCUGACAUAUAACAUGGUGCUGAAUCUGCUACGUGUGGAGGAAGUUAAUCCAGAGAUCAUGCUGGAAAAAUCUUUUUACCAGUUUCAAAACUACGCUUCAGUUCCAGGCAUGAUUGACAGUAAGUGUGUUCAACUGUUUUGAAGAUUUUUGAAUGGUGGACUUCUUGAUUUUAAUUUUUUAUAAAUUGUGUUGAGAGGACAGUAUAAUAAUUGUAGUUUAUUUUGGUUCAGUAACUUCUUUCCAAUGUAUUCUUUACUUUCCAGAAUGUAACUAUAAAGACCUCAGCCGGGGGUUAAGCCCUUGGGCCAUAUUCCACCUACAUCUUACAAAGCACUUGUAUUUAAAGCUAAGCUCAUGAUACAACACUUGUUACAUCAUAUCCUAAGGAGUUAGAUUACAGAAUAUCACAAUAAUUUUAAAGACUCUGGAUAACACUGAACUUUAUCUUUAAAAUUAAUCUCUUUCAAGUUAGAUCACAGUCAAGUUUUAUGAGCACAGCUUAUAAUGUUAGGAGCAUCUAUUUCAAAAGAAAAAGUAAAAAGCUUAACAGUGCCACGUUUAUUUGUCAUCUUCAGUUUGUUACUUUUACUUCAGUCCUGUGAUUGAUAAAACACAGCUGAUUUGCUACGCAGUAAUACCGUUGUGAUUUUUAAUACUAAUUUCUCUUUUUAACAGUACAGUUGCGACUAAAGAAAACUUGCACUUGAAAAACAAUUCAAAACUGACAACAAUGAGUGUGUCGAACGAGAAUGAAAAUUAAUCUUUAAUGAAUUUGUUAAAUGUGCAAUGACUUACAUGUAACUGGAAUACAACUUAAAAAACUGUCUUUUUGUUUUGAUUGACAUUAAAACUGAACGUUUGACAUGAUCAUCCAUUGCGCAAAAAGUAUGUGUUUUGUUCGUAGCAUAUGCAUGUGUCAGCGGUGUUUAUUACAAAACAGAAGAGUCUGGGAUGGGUAAAACAUCGAAACGAAAAAGAACAUUAGAGAUCCUAGAAUCCAUUGGGAGAAAAGACCAAUUAAACAUACACCGUCUUUCUAGUUCGAGUUCGUAAGUAUAGUCGGAAGUAAGUCAGUGGCACUGUGCUCUGGGUUUUACGGCGCACAGGUGCGGAUUACACAUGAAUUUUUAGGCGCACAACCAAAAAUCCAGUCGCAUAUGCGACCAGUUAGUCGCUAACUUUUAGCCCUGUUUAACUACAAAACACUGAAUACUGUCGCAAAAUACUGAAUAACAAAUGUCACCAUGUACUGCUACCACCACAGGAUUUCAUCUGUCCUAAUCUGAAAUUAUUUUCCAGAACUAAGAGAACUGGAAGUUAAGAGGGAUGCAUUUGAGAUCCCCAAUGAAGAAUCCAUCACAGCCUACUACAAAAUAAGACAACAGCUGAAGAGACUGGGAAAUGACAUGUUGGUGAGUAUCAGAUUAUGUUGUCAGAAAUUUGUAAGGGCCUUGCUAAAAGGGAAAUCCGUUUGAUUUUUUUCUUUUUUCUUUUUUUUUCAGAGUUUUAUUCACCAACCCAAGUUUUGUCUGCCAUUUAUGCAGCCUGGACGAUUAAUUCAGGUAAAAAUGGUGCAAAUUGUUGGAGUGCAUGAAGCAAGCGCAGGAUACUGUCAUGAGUCAUGGGAUAGUAUUCCUAUUGAUAAACCUGUUCUUUAAAAAAACGUUUAAAAAUCUCUAAAUCUUUAUUAUUAUACAAGUAAAACCUUCAGUACUUACAGGAACUAAAAUGAAAUUUAAAAAUUAAAAAGUUUCAAAACUUAAAGUACUAUCCACAUUAAUUUGUGUUAAUAAUACUUGCUUUAAUACAUCCCAUAUUAUAGGGUAACUACUUUGUUUGGUUACUUAAACGUUUCAAAGAUUCUUUCAAGGGGCUGUGUCACGGCAGUCCAGUUCAUUUUGUUUAAUUUUCCCAAUUACUGGCCCUCAAUCACUAUGGAACUUAAAGUAAGCAAAGAAAUUACAUGUAAAUGACAAAAUCGGAAAUUCGAGACAAACAAAUAUGAUUGUCUCCUGAGCAUUACUUUUUGAAGUUGCAAACAGCAGAGAUCAACUUUAACAAACUUUUAGGCUGAACAGUUUUCAAAAACCCUAAUUUCAAUCCAUUUCAAUCUGCUUCAGUUUUGCCCAUCCGUGGCAUCUGUUGUACCUGCUGUGUUAUUUUAACCUUCCUUUAAUGUUUUAAGUGGUUAUUUUUGUGUUUCUCUUAAUUUAACUGGCAUUUUGUAAUUACCUAAUUUGGCUGAAUUUCGUGACACAGCUCCUUUAACUCUUAACGUGUUCUAUAAAUCUGCCAUUGCCCUGAAAAGCAAUUGCUAAUAGUUAUUAAUUCUUUGCAUUUUGUUAAUUUACAACGCAUACAGUUAGUACUCUUUAGUAUCAUGCAUCUUUUUCACUAAAUCCUUCUCUUCUAAGAUGGUAAAUGAUGAAAAUUUCAUAUUACAUCGCCUUUUCACAGGUUAAAAGUAACAGUGACGACUUUGGCUGGGGUGUGGUACUUAAUUUCCAAAAGAAGGCAAAUCAAAAGGUAAACAAAAAACUAUGUAAAUAAGUCAAGAAAAAAUUGUCUCUGGGAUUGGCGGUCACUUAUGAAAGGUGGUUGCUUACAAGAGGUGAUCGCACGUGGAAAGUCAACUGUAUCAUGCAAUUAGUGGUCAGGGAAUUGAACAGCUAGGAGCACUUUUUGGUUCUGUUUUCCCUUUGUUUUUAGUGAAAUUGGCUGGGGGGGGGAAGGGGUGGGGAAUAACCUGCCUUUGGCCGUAGUGACAGUCCUUCAAGUAACUGUUACUUCAUACUGUUUCUAGGGUUGAAGUUAAAAUCAUGAUGUUAAUUUCUUCUCAUUUUCAGUUUAUUUCAGUAUUAAUUGUAAACCUGAUAAAAUAUAUAGCUGAUUUGGGGUGCUGAUGAUUAAAAAAAGUUUUUAAUGUGUGAGGACUUGUUUAUAGUGGAAAGUGCACUUAACUUAUCCAGGUAGUUUACAAGCACUCCACUCAAAUACUUAGAAACAAAAACAGGAUUAAAAACCCCAACUGGCAGGAGGCAACCAGUUGGCUAUUUACAAGGUGUGGCCGAGCAUUUGAGCACAGGAUGACCAAGAACAAAUCCAGCAGGUCGCCAAAGUGGAACUUGAACUCGGGGCCGCUUGAUUGCGAGUCCAAAGCGCUGACCACUCAGCCAUUCUGCCUCCUUGUAUUUAACCCUUUAAGUCCCAAUAGUGAUCAACAGCAAUUUUCUCCUAACGAUAUCCAUACAUUAUCAUGAAAUUAGGUUAUGAGAAUUAAUAAAAUCAUCACCUAAGAGAAAAUACUUUGAUCUUUUAUCAAAUUCUCUUAACUAAUUCUUAAAGGAAAUGUAUAGAGAUCAGUUUGGAGAAUUUGUAUGUGGAUAUUGGGGCUUAAAGGGUUAAACCUUAAGCCUUCUUCAGGUUAGAGUUUCAUUAUGCUUGUACCAUUGUAUUUUAAGAGUGGUCCAACCCAAGGAGAGACUCUGUUUGUUGUGGAGGCAUUACUGAAUUGUUCUAGUAAAUCUGUGAAGUCAGCUGAUGGAGAGACACCUCAGCCGUGCAGACCUGAUGAAAAGGGAGAAAUGCAGGUCAGAUACUGUCAAUCAUCAUUCACCCAUAAACUCACUCACUGUUCAUUGACCAAAAACUGGAUUUUUCAAAAUGCUGCAAAACUAAUAGUAGUGCCAAAGAGGUUUCAUCUGAAUGGUCAACAACUACGACAACAACAACAACAUAACUUUAUUGUGAGAAUUAACUGAAUUAAUUAUACUGACCUGCAGGUAGCAAAGGCUAAUCUAGGCAGGAAAGAAGAUGAACUGAGGGUUAGGGUUUAACUGUUUUAAAUAAGUAUUAUUACAUAGAUAAAUUUUGAGUUAAUAUUAAUACUUAAAGACAGAGUUAAGGAAAGUAUAGCAUUAGAGGUUUGAGAUAAAAAUCAGUUGUAACUUUAAAGACCCAAUUAAUCAUUUAGCCACCGUAGGGUUAAGUCCUCAGACUCAAAAGAUACAAGACUGUAUCAUUCACUCUGGCAGUGAAAAGGUUAAACCAACGUGCCUCAAAAGGUAACUCUCACAGUUCUAGAUUUUUAUCCUUAAAUUAUUGGAUCAAAAAGGUGUCAAACUGACCGUUCACAUGAGCUGUAUUUUCCAGUUGUACUGUUUAUUGCACUCUAUAAGGUUGUUGUAACUUUUGAGACUGUGGCUGAAAUCUUACAUUAUGUAUAGUGCGACCGUUCGAAUGAAAGCUACUGAGUAGUACUUUCUUGUUGCAGUGUUUAUUGCACUGCACAAGGUUGUUCUAACUGUAACACCGUGGAUGUAAUCCUAAAGUGUGACCAUUCCAACAAAAGCUGCCGAGCAUUGCUUUCUUGUGGUACUAUUUAUUAUGCUGUACAAGUUGGUUCUGUACUUGUGGUAAGUCUGCAGGUUAAAACGACCCUGGGGUGUGACCACUCAAAUGAAAACUGCUUAGAAGUAUUAUCCUUUGGUGCAGUUACUAAUGCCAUACGUAUAUCAAACAUUGUUAUUUUUUUAUCUUUUUUAUAUAUAUUCAGGUGGUCCCCAUCCUGUUACAUCUUGUUAAAGCCAUCAGCAGUGUGAGGUUAUACAUCCCUAAGGAUCUGAGAUCACUUGACAGUAGGCAGAGUGUCGGCAAGUCUAUCAAGGUCAGCACUUAUGUGUAUGAUCAGAUUGAAAUUUGCAGGAAUCAAGUUGUAUUGUUGGUAUUUUGCGCUAUCAUACAUUCGCCUCAUGUUACUCAUCCCGAUUAGGGAAUCCGGGAAAUUUUUGCGUGUGUAAUCCGGAAUGCAGGAAAUUAUUUCUUGUGGAAGAUUUCCAGAAUCCAAGUUCCGCUGACAAGGAAUCCAUAAUCCGUUACCUGGAAUUCCGAAUUCACUGCAUGGAAUCAAGAAUUUGAUUACCUUACGUGUAGCGAUUAUUAAUUAAUUAAUUAAUUUAUUAAUUUAUUUAUUUAUUCAAUGCUGACAGGAAGUAAAGCGUCGCUUUCCAGAUGGCUUGCCUUUGCUCGAUCCAAUAGAAGACAUGGGGAUCAAAGAUGAUGGAUUGAAAACUGUUAUACGGGUCUGUAUUUGGUCUAUAGCAUUUGAGCCCGGCUGACUGCCACAGUCGUCAUUGAUUGCCGGAGUAUAGAUAAGUUUUGGGUGUGUUAUUGGAGGGUGGAAGGGAUUUGUAAUGUUAUGCAACAACAGCGAUCGAUUGUCAUUAAACUGUCGGAGAGCUGUUGGUCACUGAUAAAAUUUUCACCAAUUUGUGAUAACCUUGAGAGUUCAUACUUACGAAAGUAAUCUCUAUUCUGUCGGCCGAGUGUCGGUGAACUGUUGGUCGACUGUCUACCGUCAGACGGACGACAGAUUUUGGGGAAGCUGUUCUUCAAUUUUACCCUGAAGGUGAGGAGGCAGGGUAAAAUAUGAAACAAUUCUCGUUGGUGUAACUUGGCGAUUACUGGGAGGGAGGCGGAGAACUCCCAAAAUAGAACCUUUGAUAUUUCAUCCAUGGUCCUCAAGGACUCACAACAGCGUAGACACGAGAAAAA